GCGUACUUCCGUUUGCCCGGUGACAUGAAGAAGCAGCGGCGGCUAGGGCGGCGGUAGCGGCGGGAGCCGAGGCUUGCAGCGGGACUCCCCGCUGAGAGCGCGACGCGGCCUUGAGCGGCAGACGGCGCAGUAGGCCGAGGGGGAGGCGCGGCAGCCGCCCUGGCCCGUCAUGGAGAUGGAAAAGGAGUUCGAGCAGAUCGACAAAGCCGGGAGCUGGGCGGCCAUUUACCAGGAUAUCCGACACGAAGCCAGUGACUUCCCGUGUAGAGUGGCCAAGCUUCCCAAGAACAAAAACCGAAACAGGUACAGAGAUGUCAGUCCCUUUGACCAUAGUCGGAUUAAACUUCAUCAAGAAGAUAACGACUAUAUCAACGCUAGUUUGAUAAAAAUGGAAGAAGCCCAAAGAAGUUACAUUCUUACCCAGGGCCCUUUGCCUAAUACGUGCGGCCACUUCUGGGAGAUGGUAUGGGAGCAGAAGAGCAGGGGCGUGGUCAUGCUCAACCGAGUGAUGGAGAAAGGAUCGUUAAAAUGUGCGCAGUACUGGCCACAAAAAGAAGAAAAAGAAAUGGUCUUUGAAGACACAAAUUUGAAAUUAACAUUGGUCUCCGAAGAUAUUAAGUCAUAUUAUACAGUACGACAACUAGAAUUGGAAAACCUUUCAUCUAAAGAAACUCGAGAGAUCUUACAUUUCCACUAUACCACGUGGCCUGACUUUGGAGUCCCCGAAUCUCCAGCCUCUUUCCUGAACUUUCUUUUCAAAGUCCGCGAGUCGGGGUCACUCAGCCGGGAGCAUGGCCCCAUCGUGGUACACUGCAGCGCUGGCAUCGGCAGGUCGGGGACCUUCUGUCUGGCCGACACCUGUCUCUUGCUGAUGGACAAGAGGAAAGACCCUUCUUCUGUCGAUAUCAAGAAAGUCCUGUUAGAAAUGAGGAAAUUUCGAAUGGGACUGAUCCAGACAGCAGACCAGCUCCGUUUCUCCUACCUAGCUGUGAUCGAAGGUGCCAAAUUCAUCAUGGGAGACUCUUCAGUGCAGGAGCAAUGGAAGGAGCUCUCCCACGAGGACCUGGAGCCCCCACCUGAGCAUGUCCCCCCACCUCCCCGGCCACCCAAACGAAUCCUGGAGCCACACAAUGGGAAAUGCAAGGAAUUCUUUCCAAACCACCAGUGGGUAAAGGAUGAGUCUGAGGAAGAUAAAGAAGAUGGCCCCAUCAAGGAAGAAACCAUAACACCCUUAAGUGUCCCCUGCAUGGAACGCACGAGUCAAGACACUGAAGUCAGAAGGCGGGUCGUGGGGGCAGGUCCUGCUCAGGGGGAGCCGUCGCCACCCAAGGAGGAGCAGGACCAGGCUCUGACUCACUGGAAGCCCUUCCUGGUCAACAUGUGCAUGGCCACGGUCCUCACAGCUGGCGCGUACCUCUGCUACAGGGUAUGUUUUCACUGACGGACGUGCCGGCAAGACCACGUGUACAGAAAGCACUGGCCGACAGCCUGGCGGUAGCAUUCAGUGCUGUGCAAGGAUCUGAGCCAGUCUCAGAAGAAACAGAUCAAAGUUUUUUAAAGUCUGGAACUGUGAAGGGCUAACAAGAGAGAAUUGAGGAUUGAUGCACUGGGGUUUUAAGGAGCCCUGUGGUCCCAAGAAUACAACAGUCUAAUCUCAGGGCCUUAACCUAUUCAGGAGUAAGUAGAGAAAAUGCCAAAUACAUCUCUCUCUCUUCAUUUUUCUUUCUUUCUUUUUCUUUGUUUUUUUUUGUUUGUUUGUUUGUUUUUUGUUUGUUUUUCUUGGGGUUUUUUUUUUUUUUCAUUUGUUUUUGGAAAAAAGGAUUACAACACAUUGUUGUUUUUAACCUUUAUAAAAAACAGCUUUUUGUUAUUUCCGGGGGCAGGGGGGUGGGAGGGACGAAGGAAGACUAGGCACUUAGGAAACUUUCAUAUACCCUUAGGUGGUAUAACCUGAUACACGACUUCUAUUUGAUUCCCCAGGGAAAGACUCCCACACUUUGAGGAAUGUAAAGUCCUCUGGAGAAGAGGGUUUAAGGGUUUCGGACACUGUCUUGCUCAGUCGCUUCCCCUGCUGUGCGUGCACUGAGCUAGGACAGUGCCUGCUGGCUUUCCCAUUUUGAGAAGAAAAACAGCAAAAGGCCAUCUCUAGAAAACAAAACCCGGCUUGUGCUUUUGCUCAGGGUGUCCCCACGGGAUUUCCAGCGUUCAUCCCUCCAUCCGCCCUUUCUCGUUACGGUCAUCUUGCUCAUGUCCUGCCCUCAUCACCCAUCCUCCAAAACGGGUUCCUCAAGGCUCCUGCCUCAGGGUCAGCGGUCACCACAGGGUGGCCACCGGCUUUUCACCCUGCCAUUGAGAUCCAGAAGGAGCAGUUUCCACUUGAUUUGGAAUGUAAAUGCCAUUUUAGUAAAAAUCCACACAUGAGAAGUGUGUUGCUUUUAUUACAAAGUAAAGAGAAGAGAGAAGAUUAGCUUCAAAAUGUCCUGAAAAUCACCUCACGAGACUUUUUUUUAUCAUUUUCAAUAUUUUACCUCUUUUCUGGCGGCCAUCUUCGAAUGCAUCAGAUGGUUUGGCAACACGUAAAGUUUCUUCCCUAGGGGUGAUUUUUGGGAAGGGGUCUAUUGUAAAAAAAAAAAAAAAAAAAAAUUAAAAAUCAAAACCCCUUUCUCUGGAGUGGCUGGGGGACUGGGGCGGCCUGGGUAGUACACGAGCCUGCGGCUCCACGGGGUGGGUCUGGGCUUAUCUGAAAAUGUUUGGUUUCAUUCCAGUUCCUGUUCAACAGCAACACAUAGUCUGACUCACCUCCACUCCACUCCACCCCCUGCCCGCCUCUGCUCGCAGAGCCAGCUCUCGUCUGGCCGGCAUGCUGUGGUAGGUAAGGGCCGCUGCCCAGCGUAGCCAGCGCCACCCAGACAGACGUUUGCCCUGCACUAAAGCCGCCCUCCCCGGGCCGUUGGUCCUGACCCUUAUCCUUUUAGUUUUUCCCUCCUCCCCUUCCUUCAAUACCAGAUCCACAACCCAUGUUUUGAGGAGAGUAAAGGAGAGUGCCAUGCUGGUGGCACAGAGAGAGCCAUGCUGGUGGCACAGAGAGAGCCAUGCUGGUGGCGCGAGUCGAGGGGCCGGCCCGGCCCAGUGCUCCCCCCUGGUGUGCCCUGGCGCAUCCCGGGCGGGUGGCACACAGCACCCUCCCCCAGACCCUCCGCGGAGACUGCGUGUUGUGAGCCUCUCCACUCCAUAUUUAUUUUUUUUUUAAUUUUUUCCCCCAAAGGCAUCCAUAGUGCACUAGCAUUUUCUUAAACUAAUAAUGUAUUCAGACGUGUCGAUGUCGGCCUUGCAUCAAAGGCUUUCUCAGAAAGUACAAUAAUAAACCCUCAGGUAGUGCUGGGAACGCGAGACUUUGCCACGAGGCCGCUGCUUCAGACCAAUACUAGGAAGGAGGACGGUCGUAAGCGGUGGUUCUUUCGUGACUGUGGGUAAUGUGAGAAGAGGUUGGGCAUAUGUUUAUAGAACAGUGGGAUAAUAUAUAAUGAAUACUUGGAUAUUUAAGAUACACGACGAGAGAUUACAGUUAUUCCCCUUCCCGGUUAUCUGCUAGAACCUUGUUCUCGGUCACCGCUUUCCCCGUGUGUAUUAGAAUGCAUGUUCAGUCUUCUUGUGUCCUAAUCAGAUACCACGUGCUUGAAAUACUUAGAUCUCUGCUUACUGAAGUGCCCCGUGUACAAGUCCAGUCUCCCUUUGCAUGAUCAGAUCAUUGCGUGGCUGUGGUUCCUUAGACUGUUGCUGAGCUAAUGGCCGUUCAGCGAUAGAAGGAUGUUUUCCAGUAAUAGAUACUUGCCUAAUUCCUGGCAUGACACUCUGGUGACUUCCUAGUGAGGCCCGGCCUGUCCUGGUCCAGCUGGGUCCCACUGUAACUCAGACAUUCCAAGGGGAUGGGAAGCCAUAGUCACACCUCACGCUCUGGACGUUUAGGCAAGCAGGGUGUCCCGCACACACGCCUUUGGGAUCGGCCUCCACCGUCCCAAGUUCACACUCGUCUUGAGCAGACCGUGACGCAGAGCCAAGGCGACUGUGGGAAACCACCCUUCUUGAAGCAGCCCGCAUGACAACAGUCCCUUAGAGUCAGCCUGCCGCUGUCUCAGUCCGGAGGGCCUUGUGGAGAGAGGCGUGACUGCCCCGCCCUUGAAUCCUGGGGACUGAUGGUGCUCACGACUUUUCCUGCGAGGGGAGCUUAAGACCCCCACGCCAAGUGGCUUUUUUAACAAGAAAAAAAAAAAAAAAAGGCAGCCG